UCACACCGCGUUUGUAAACACGGCUCUUGUGUUUAUGCGGCUCCUAACACACACAAGGAAUUUGGUUCCAGCUGUUUGUGACUCACUCUGAACAGACACGAAUAACACUAUACUAAUGACUUGUACAUGUGUUUAACGCUAGUGAUGGAGGUGGAAGCAGCAAGACCAUAUUUUUUUGGUGAUAUCGGCUUCUGGUCAGAAAGGACAGAGGUCCACAAGGCUGCGUAUCAAGGCCAGGUGUCCCAUCUGCAGAGUCUGAUCCAGAGUGGGGCUUCAGUGAAUAUCGUGGCUGUCGACUCCAUCACUCCUCUCCAUGAGGCAGCUAUUCGUGGACAGGUGCAGUGUGUGAGGCUGCUGCUGGACGCUGGCGCACAGGUAGAUGCGAGGAACGUGGACGGCAGCACUCCUCUGUGUGAGGCCUGUUCUGCUGGGAGCUCUGAAUGCGUGCAGCUUCUCCUCGAGUACGGGGCAGAUGUUAACACCGCCCUUACCUCUCGCACCACCUCCCCACUACACGAGGCAUGCAUAGGAGGAAACGCAGAAUGCGUAAAGCUCGUAAUAGCAAACGGUGCGAGUCUGGAAACCUAUGAUCUGUACAACGGCACUCCUCUUCAUGUAGCCUGCGCUAACCAGCACCUGGAGUGUGUCAAGGUGCUACUUAAUGCAGGAGCAAAUGUAAACGCAGUACGCCUUCAUGAGACGGCGCUUCACCAUGCAGCCAAGGCCAACAACGCAGAAAUAAUCAAGCUUCUAGUGGAGUUCGGGGCAAACAUCUACGCCAAAGACAAAUAUGAGAGGAAACCUGUGGACUACACCAGGCAUGAUACACCAGCUGCUCUCUGUCUACUGCUUUACGAGAGUUGUCCUCUGACUCUACAGCAGCUGAGUCGUAUCACACUGAGGCGUGUCCUGGGCACUAGAGCGCUUCAGGCUGUCACCAAACUAAACCUUCCUAAUUUCAUCAUCUGCUACCUUUCAUACCUGUGAGAUCUACACAUACACACACUCAGGGCUGAUGCGACUCAACAAGGUUCUAUUUCUUACCUGAGCACCUUUCCUUAUACUUAUUAUCUGAAUCUUAUUUGUAAAAAGGUUCUUGAAGCACUUGAACACUCAAGGCUUAUAGCACAUCUUAGUCUUGGAAUGAACAGUCCAACGGCACAAUUAACACAUUAAAGCACAGCACUUAAGACAUCCUCAAAGAUGUUUAGUAAUGAAAGCCAGAGGACUGAGAAAUAUGUUAUUGUUCCAGCUGCCUGCACUCAGGAACUUUCUCUGAAUGUGAUCCGUGACACUCAGAAGUGGCAGUACAUUAGUUCCCUUGACUACAGCCGAGUACCUCGAACAACACUCGACCAGUCUGAAGCGGAUUCUGGUGGCUUUGUGUGAAACAGUUUCCAAACGGGAGUCCACACUCCUGACAACUUGCUGUGUUCAGCACGUCCAUGAUGCGCUCAGAGUGAGAGAUUGCAGGCCCACUCAGUGCCGCAGCCCUAUUUUAGCAAUUUCCACAUUCUUUCCAUAUCACAAUUUAGCAUUCUGGUAUAUUGUAGUCUUUCUCUUAGCAUUACUACAAUAACACUGGGGUCACAAAAUAGCAACUAACCUGCUGAGAAAAAUCCUGAGAAAAAACAGGAACUUUGGAUCAGGAAGUUUUUAGGUUUCAUUUUA